AUGUGGCCAGUUUGUGCCGUCCUAGUGCUGGCUCUCCAUCGUCCAGGUUAGUCGACAUUGUAAUUACCGUUGUUUAAUUACACCUUUAAUAAGUCAAGUUUAUUUACUAACUAUACUCUUUACAGCAUCGGCGUUGUAUUGUUUCGAGGGAACGAACUGUGAGCUUUCGGCGUGUGGAGAGUGUGAAGGCAUAGCCUGUGUCCGUGUCCUCCGACCCACCAAACAAUCAUCGCCCAACUCUUUUUUUGGGUCAAUGAAAAUUUUUAUGAGCCCCAAAUCCAGUGAUGACUUCUCGUCCGACAAUGUUGCCUUUACUUGCCUUCCAAUGGGAACCAGGAUGUAUGAUCUGGAGCCAGAAGGAUGCCGUGUCGACAACAUGAAUCAGCGGAUGGCUUGUAUUUGUUAUAACGCCGAUUACUGUAACAAUAGUCGAGCUAAUUUGGCAGGAAUGGGGUUGUGGUUAAUAUGCAUAAUUAUACACAAUGCAAUGCCGCUUUGA